AUGGACAAGGUAAAGGCGCAGCAAGAAAAGGCAAAGGGCAACAGCGCCUUUGCCCGCGGCGAGUGGGCCAUCGCCGUCGGCCACUAUGCCGCCGCACACUUGGCAGACCCCACCGAGCCCACCAUCCCCCUCAACAGGGCCAUGGCCUACCUCAAGCUCGGAAAGUUCCACGACGCAGAGCGAGACUGCACAACCGCGCUCCGCCUCUCGCCGCGUAACGUGAAGGCCACCUUUCGAAGGGCAAAGGCCAGGCUAGGCGCAGGCAACCUCGUAGACGCUCAGAUGGACUUUGAGCAGGUGCUCGAGCUCGACCCGAGAAACAACGAGGCAAAAGCAGAGCUCGUCUCGCUCAAGGCCACCCUCGAACAGAGCAGGCCAAGACGGACAACGCCCCUCGACCUGCCUCAGCCGCCCGACAUCCCUAUCAUCGGCACACCGGCAAACAGUGGCCAGGGAAGCGACCAGCCCGGUACCGCACCGGGCUCUUCGGUCGAGGCUGCUCGCAAAUUCCUGCAGCAGGUCGGCAUGCAGGACCCCAUCGAGGCCGAUAGGCAUGGGCCCGCACCACAUCCGCCCGCAAAGAUACCGCACCGACUGCCAGGAGAGACGGGCGGGUUCCUGCGCGAGGUAGCUUCCAAAAGGGUGGUGGACAAGCCGGCGCCAACCACGCCAGCGCAGGCACCGAAGGCAUCCACUUCGCUGAUCACACCUUUGGCGGAAAAGGACGUCGACAAGACUGGCAACAUGCCUGCGCCGGUCUCGACAGCAGCGCGCAAGACGGCCUCGGCGCUCAGCUUCGGUACAGCUCCUGUUGCUGCAGACGGCGCAGCAAGACUGCAAGGUCGUCAGCCGGCUCCGCUCACCAGCCCGAGCUCGACGCGAAGGCUGAACGCCGUCGAGUUCCAGAGGCUCUGGAAGGAGUCUUCGCGGCUCGGCGCGACGGCCGAGCAGGGUGCAGGCGCAAGGGAGCAGCAGAUAGCGCAGCAGCAGCUCCGCUUCCUGCACAGCCUCGAGGCUACCACUCUGCCGGUCGCGAUGGACUCGCUGCUGGAACCGGAGCUACUGGCCUCGCUGCUGCUCUCGCUCGACACCAGCGUGCGCAUGAUCGCGCAGCUCGACAGCGGUGCCGACGCCAACACCAGACCGGUCAAGCUGCCGUCGUCGGCCGACGCCUCUCGGCUGCUUGAUGUGGUGAGGGGCCUGGUCACGUCGCUGCCGCGUUGCAAGCGGUUCAGCAUGGUCGUCGCCAUGCUCGAUGCGUCCGAGAAGCGGGCCGCGUCGACCCUCAUCCACGCUCUUGAGGACAACGACGCCCUCGAGCCCGCAGACGUCGCAAAGGCCCACGAGGCAUGGGAGGCAUGA